UCAUAGGGGCCCCAGGACCAUGUUGGCUGUGAAGGUGAAAGUGGAGAAGCCAGACCUGGAGGCGGCCUCGGCCCGGAGCCGCCUGGAUGCUGUGCUGCAGGAGCUGCUGGAGCGCAGGGAGCCACUGGAGGAGGAGGUUGGAAAAACUGCAGGCGAGGCCCACAGCAAGGAGGCCUCACCCAGCGCCCCUGGGAAGAGGCCCGCGGCCAGGCUCUCGCAGCAGCGGCGCAAGAAGCGGCGCGAGGCGGAGGAGGGCCCCGAGCCCGGCCUGCAGCGGCACAAUUCCUACGUGAUCAAGCUGUUCGACCGCAGUGUGGAGCUGGGGCAGUUCCCGGAGGGGACUCCGCUCUACCCUGUCUGCAGGGCCUGGAUGAGGAACUGCCCCACGGCACAGAGCCCUCCUGCCCCACAAGUGACCCCCCCCAGGCCUGAGGUCAGCUCCACAAGUCACCUUCAGACCUAUAACCUAAAAGUGCUUCACACUGACUCCCAGGCCUAUAAGUGCCCCAUAAGUGAUCCUUGUGCACCAGUGCAUGCUGGGAAGGUUGCAGACAUCUAUGAGCUGCCCCCCCCAGCCCCUCCUGGACCUCCCCGGAUCCCUUCCCCCCUCGGACCGGAAGUGGGCAACCAAGAAGGGGAACUGGGUCCUGAUCCUCCUCCCUCCAUGGCCUCCCUGAUCUACAGCAACAUGGAGAGGUGGAAACGUGUCCGGCAGAGGUGGCAGGAGGCGGCGCAGCGCCAGCAGCAGCGCUACGGCCCCAGCCUGCGGCUCCUGCGCCUGAUCUACGAGCGCCAGUGACGACCAGCACGGACCAGUAAGGACCGGCACGGCCCC